AUGGGUUUUUAUGAUAAGACCAUGGAAAUCUUUAAUGCAGCAAGGGUUGCUGGUUUGAUAGUUGAUAAGUUCACCUUUGCAGGUGCUCUAAAUGCGUGUGGUCAAACUGGGGAUCUUGAGUUGGGUAAGCUGAUUCAUGGGUCAGUUAUCGUGAGUGGAUUGGGUGCUAAAGUGUUUGUAACCAAUUCGCUCAUUGAUAUGUACUCAAAAUGUGGUGAGGUUAAUAGGGCCAGGCUUUUGUUCGAGAUUUCUGAUGAUUUGGAUGAAGUUUCUUGGAAUUCAAUGAUUGCUGGGUUUGUCAGAAUUGGUGCCAAUGAGGAAAUGUUGAAACUUCUAGGAAAAAUGAACCGAUCUGGAUUGAAAUUGAAUACUUAUACACUGGGAAGUGUCCUUAAGGCUUGUUGCCCACAUUUUAUGGAUUCAAAACAUUACGGAAAAGCACUUCAUUCCUGCUCAGUCAAACUUGGGCUGGAUUCAGAUGAUGUUGUUGCUACUGGAUUACUUGUUAUGUAUGCAAAGAGUGGUGAUUUGGUUGAUGCAAUCCAAAUUUUCAAACUGAUACCCAGCCAAAGCGUCAUCAUCUAUAAUGCCAUGAUCGCUGGAUUCCUCCAAGAUGAUACCAUUUAUGAUGAAUAUGCAAAUGAAGCUUUCAAUGUUCUCUGA